ACGAGCGAAAGAGGGAGGGAGGGAGGAGGAGAGCGAGAGCAUCUCUUGCAGGCGUUCAGGCUGUCAGAGCAGAGGCAGAUUGGCUGAGCAGGAAGAGACCGUCAGCGUCACAGGAGGAGAGCAGAAGCAGACGAAGGAGAGAGGGACGCCGGUGAGAGCUCGGAGGAAACGCACGCCUCACAUCGCCCUUCGCAUCGGGAGACGGUCUCCUCUCGACAGGAGCAGACGCUCUCUCCGCCACCCGCCUGGCUCCCAGCCCGCCCUGCCUCUCCUGACCGACCACUCCUGCCGGCUGCAGCCAUGAACUUCCUGCGCCGACGCCUGUCCGACAGCAGCUUCAUCGCCAACCUACCCAAUGGGUACAUGACGGACCUGCAGAGGCCUGACCCCCCGCCGCCCCCGCCCCCGGCCGCCGUCCCAGCCCCAGCGCCGGCCCCGUCCACCUCCCCAGCCCCGGAGCGGAGACCCCAGCCGGCCCAGUCCACCGGAACCGGCUUCUUCAGCUCCAUCACCAACGUGGUGAAGCAGACGGCCGCCUCAGCGGGGCUGGUGGAGCAGACUCCCGCCCCCGCGCCAAAGAAGUUCAAGAUCCUCCUGAUCAUCGACGAGCCACAACAGGACUGGGCCAAACUGUUCAGAGGCAAGAAGGUCCAAGGAGAUUAUGACAUUAAAGUUGAGCAGGCUGAAUUCUCUGAGAUCAAUCUUGUGUCCCAUGCCAAUGGAACAUGCAACGUUGACAUGCAAGUCCUCAGGAAUGGAACUAAGGUCGUCAGGUCAUUCAAGCCUGACUUUGUCCUCAUCCGACAACACGCCUUCAGCAUGGCAGAGAACGAGGAUUUCCGCAACUUGAUCAUCGGCCUGCAGUACGCUGGUGUCCCAAGCAUCAACUCCCUGGAGUCCAUCUUUAACCUUUGUGACAAACCUUGGGCGUUUGCCCAGUUGAUUAGCUGCUACAAGAAGCUUGGUCCUGAGAAAUUUCCAUUGAUUGAACAAACCUUCUACCCGAACUAUAAAGACAUGAUCACCAUGCCAACAUUUCCUGUUGUGGUGAAGAUUGGACAUGCUCAUUCUGGCAUGGGAAAGGUAAAGGUGGACAACCACAGUGAUUUCCAGGACAUCGCCAGUGUGGUUGCUAUCACCCAAACCUACACCACCACAGAGCCAUUCAUUGACUCCAAGUAUGACAUUAGGAUUCAGAAGAUAGGCAACAAUUACAAAGCUUACAUGAGAACCUCCAUCUCUGGCAACUGGAAGACAAACACUGGCUCUGCCAUGCUGGAGCAAGUGGCCAUGACAGACAAGUAUAAGCUGUGGGUGGACACCUGCUCUGAGAUUUUUGAAGGGUUGGAUAUCUGUGCAGUCAAAGCAAUUCAUGGCAAGGAUGGAAAGGACUACAUCACUGAGGUGGUUGGAUCCUCGAUGCCGCUGAUCGGGGAGCACCAGGCUGAGGACAGGCAGCUCAUUGCUGACAUGGUGGUGGCCAAAAUGAACCAGGCAUUACCGAGGACACCCGCCCGCUCUCCCCAGAGACCAACCACUGUCCAGCCGCCACAGAGCACCACCCUUAAAGAAGGCAUAACCGACCCCAACAAGAUCCCAGCUCAGCGCCCCCCACCUCAAGGGGGCCCAGGGCAACCCCAAGAAUCGCAAUCCCAAAGUCAGGAGCCUCCGUCACAGCCAGCUCCAAGUGUCUCUGCACAGGACCCGGCCCCCCAGUCAGCUCUAGCCCCGACCACACAGCAACCCCAGCCCCAGGGUCAGGGUGAGCCCGUGCCUGGGAAGCCGGCAAACCAGCCACCCAAACCCCUGCCUCCCAAACCACUGCCCCCCAAGCCUGCCCCGCCCGUUCGGCAGAGCUCCAAACCUCAGGUUCAGCCAAAGCCUCAGACCCCGCCUCCGGUCAAGGCCCAGCCCAAACCCCAGGCUGAGUCUCAGCUUCAGUCCCCUCCGAAGGCCCAACCCCAAGCCCCAGAAGCUGCCCCUGCCCCUGCCCCUGCCCCCGCCCCCACUGAAGUCCAGCCUCCUGUUGCGGAGGAGCACUCAGCGCAGCCAAAGGCUCAGUCACAUCCACAGCUCAAUAAAUCGCAGUCCCUGACCAAUGCCUUCAGCGCCUUCAGCGAUGCAUCAUUCUUCCGCUCCAGCAACGAGGACGAGGCCAAGGCAGAGACCAUUCGAAACUUGAGAAAGUCAUUUGCCAGCCUGUUCUCUGACUAGCUUCUGGGUUUGCAGGUUCUGGAAUAACGACUGACUCCAAAUGCAUUAAGUGUGUUCAAGUGACAAAUCAGAUCUAUGUUAAUUGUAUAGAUCCUACCCUCCUUCUUGCUCUGUUCCCUGCCUGAAUGUCAAUUAAGCAAUAUUAGUAUGCUGUAAUAGUUCUGGUGGCAGAUGCACCAGUGGCACUUGGCUAUGAGUUCUCAGGCUGGUGGGGGGCAUCAUUUCUUCAGAUGAUGCAGGGAUCUGACAGCAAGUGAUUCAGCAGGUGAAAUUGGAGGAAAUAUCUGUGUCCAGUUACUCUUCGAUGUUGUAGCCUUAUCGUGACUGCGUGUUUCCCGUAAACUAAUCUCUGUAAUCUGUUAUCCAGGUUUUAUCCUGUGUGUGUUUGUGUGUGGGUGUGUGUGUGUGUGUGUAUCUAGAGAUUGGUUCGUUGGUGGGUUCUUUUCAUUAGACAUUUGUACUUUUGGUACAAAGACUUAAGACAAGACUGCUAUCCAGUCACACUCAUUCAAACAUGCUCUCGUGGUUCUCAGCGUAGGCCAAAAACGGUCGUCAGUGGCAUGUCAGAUCACUGCUUCAUGUCCAGGUGACAAGGCUCAGUCUACAGCACCUGCCAACAUGUCAACUUACCCAUGACUGCUGAAACGCCAUCACUCUGUUUUCUGUAGAACUCUAACAUGUUGUGUAUUGCACUGUACGUGAGUCAUCUCUGGAGUUUAGUUUGUAUAUUAAUUUCCUUGUUUUUGGCUUCACAUUGUUCAGUUCAUAUCGUGUUUUAUUUGUAUCCAGUACUGCUUUGCAUGAUCCAGUGACAAUUGUUUACUGUACAGCUGUCAAUAAAUA